AUGCUGCACGCGUCUCGCUCACUGGUCCGCACGUCGCUCGACCUGCACACGACUGUCCGUCACUCGUCCACGAAGCAUGUGUUCGCUUGUGUUCUCGGCUCGGGAGUCGCCGGUAGUUCUGUCGCAUACCAUCUCACCAAAAGGAAUAUAAAGGAUGUGCUGCUGCUCGACAGAGCUUCUGGUGAGUUUUUGACUAACUGAAGUUAACUGAAAUUAUGGAGAAACGGUGAAAGCUCUGAGCUCUGGCACUUUGAUAUCAGAAAUUCACAACUUUUAGGUGGCGAAUUCGGUGAAGUCGGUAAUGUUAAAGCAUGCAUCUGUGUUGUGUUCCGUGCACUUCUACUUUAAUUGUAGGCUCAAUAGUCACUAGAUUCGUCUUGCUUUUAGUUCUCAAGUCAAACUGUUUCUUCUGAAUGUCCUAUUUUCAGGAGUCGCCUCUCCCACAGGAACAUCCUUCCACUCUCCCGGGCUCGUUUCAGCCAGUCAUCCCGCUCACAGAUACAAGCCAAUCCUUGCUCACUCCAUUGAGCUCUAUUCAAAACUCGAAGCAGAGACUGGAGUGAAAAUUGAUUUCCAACAAACUGGAACGAUCCGUUUGGCGACCAAUGAAACCAGAUUGGCCGAGUUCAGAAAGUAUGUCUCAAGAGACUACUACAAGGUUUGUUUGUCUCGUGAUCUUUCGAUCUAGAGAGAUAGAGAGAGAAGCAUUUUUAUUUCAGGAGGGAGAUGUCUGCAAGACCACCUUGCUGACGCCCGACGAGGUGCGACAGUUGGCUCCUGCCGUCGACCACACCAAAGUGCUCGGAGCGCUGCACACCACGAACGACGGAACCAUCUCUGCCCGUGCACUCACGCAGGCUCUCGUCGUCGGAGCCAAAAACGGAGGAGCGCAGGUUAUUGAUGGGGCGAUUCCGAAAGAGAUUCGAUACGACAAAGAAAAGGGUCACUGGAUUGUGGCACUCGAGAACGGAACCUUCGUUACCACCAGAAACCUGAUCAAUGCCGGAGGAAUCUGGGCGAACGACAUCGCGCGGCUCUCCGGACACAAGAUGCCAGUCGUCGUUGUUGAGCAUCAAUACGCUGUGCUCACGGUGAGCAUUUGUCCCUUCUUCCUUUUUCAAUUGACUGUUUCAGCCUAACAAAACUCCCGCUUCCACGCCUUCCAUCAUAGACCACGACAGCACGUUCUACGUCCGAAAGAGCGGCGACGACUACCUGUUCGGAGGAUUCGAGAGUCUCGAGAAGACUGUCAUCCGUGAGGACUGGUACAAUAAGGGAGUCCCGACCGAGGGAUCCAAGAGCAUUCAAGCCGACUUCUCCCGACUCGACGAAGCUUACAAGAGAGCCUGUGAACUGGUACCAGAACUCCAGGGAGCGAAAAUUGACGCUCGUGCCGCUGUGUUCAGUAUGACUCCAGAUGGAUACCCACUCGUGGGACCUUUUGAUAAGAACUACUGGAUGUCUACCGGAUUCCUCGACGGUGUGAGCAGCGGGGGAGGAAUAGGAAAGUACCUGGCCGACUGGAUCGUCGAUGGAGAGCCACCAGCAGAGCUGUUCGACACGGAUGCCAGCAGAUACGAGAGAUGGGGCGACGACAGAAAGUUCGUGACGGACAAAUCCCGCGAGACGUACUCGAUGUACUACAAUUGGUCGUACACCGACCGUCUUGCUGGCCGUCCGACCGACCGAAUCAGUGGAAUUUACGGAAGACUCAAGAGAGAUGGCGCCUCUUUCUCGUUCAGAAACGGGUGGGAAGUGGCCAACUCAUUCAACAUGGGAGUUCAGAACGAGGAAUAUCUUCCGUCGUUGGUCCGAGAAUACGAGAUGGUGACCAACAAGUGCGGAGUCAUCGAUCUGUCGUGGAAGGGAAAGAUCGAAGUGAAAGGAAAGGACGCCGAGAAACUGAUGGACUACGCUAUCGCCAGUCCGAUUCCGGCACUCGGAAAGAUCAGUUCCGGGGUGAUGCUGACUCGUGGCGGAGGCAUUCUCGGUCCCAUGAUGAUCUUCCACCACGACCGUCAACGAUCUGCGUUCAUCCUUCUCACCGAGCCGGAGCGCGAGUCCAGAGACCUUUACUGGCUCCGCAGAGCUGCCGCCGAGAAGCAUUUUGACGUGCAGGUAUCGAUUGUCUCCGAAUAUCUUGCUUCGUUGGCUCUUGUUGGACCGAACAGCAGAAAAGUUCUGUCUGCUUUGACCAAGUCGGACGUAUCGGACGAAGGUUUCCCACAGAAGUCUACCCGAAUGAUCAGACUGGGUCCAGUCGGAGUCGUCUGUGCCCGAUCAUCCACUUCCACCGGACAACUCUCCUACGAGCUGUUCCACAAUCGAGCCGAAACUGCGAAACUGUACAACGCGGUGAUGUCUGCGGGUCGCGAGCACGGAAUCAUCAACUUCGGACAGGCGGCGCUCAACAUGAUGCGCCUCGAGCACGGUUAUAGAAUCUGGGGCAAGGAGCUGACAUUGGACACGAAUCCGUUCGAGUGUGGACUCGGAAGUCUAGUUGAUUUCGACAAGAAAGAGUUCAUCGGAAGAGAUUCGGCUCUGGAAUUGAGCAAGAAGGAGUUCAAGUAAGUGUACAAUAUGGUAAGAACUGUCACUAACGGCCGCAAGGAAUUUCAGUCGUCGUCUCGCUCUGAUCACAUUCGACGCCGAGGAGGGAACCGUUUUGGACGACAAGUACGUGCCGAGUGGAAACGAAGUCAUCAGAAUAGACGGACAGGAAGCGGUCAGAAAGGGGCUGAUGAAGUGACGGAAUAAAUCUGAAAUUAAUUGCAGAGAGUCGGACAGAUCACUUCGGGAGCCUACAACGUCAGACUGCAGAAACCGAUUGCGUUCGCGUGGAUCGAUGCCUCCGUCGGACCAAACGAGCGGGUAAUCACGGACAUUUAAGUUUUUCCGUUCAUUAUCCAUUUCAGCUCGUCGUCGAGAUCGGAGACAAACGUCUUCUGGCCACCAGUGUUGAGACGCCGACGAUUCCUCCAAUCCAAUAA